GCCACGGAGACCUGCCGGCGAAGGACGCUUCUGUUUCGCAGGCAUGGCCGACUCUGUCCUCGUCCUGAGGGCGAUACGCGGAAAUGCAAAAUCCUUGAACUUAAAUGGGAAGAAGCUAAAACAAGUCCCCGUGUCGCUUGAGAAACUAACUUCUCUGUUAAGUCUACAGCUGAAAAAUAACAAUAUAGCGACGUUACCCGUGGAAAUGAAGGCCCUGAACAAUCUGACAGAGCUCAACAUUGGGAAUAACAUCUUAGAAGAAGUGCCAGAAGUGUUGAAAGAACUUAAAGCUCUAAAAAAAUUGCACUUAUUUGGAAAUAGAAUCCAAGAAAUACAUCCCAGUUUAUAUGAAAAUCUGACAAACUUAGCCCUGCUGAAUCUAAACAACAAUAUGAUUCAAGUUAUUGCACCAGAAAUUGAAAGAUUAUCCAACCUUGAAUUCCUUGGUUUAAGAAAUAAUAAGAUAGAGAACAUUCCUGUUGAACUUUGCUCACUGAGCAAACUUUCUGAACUCCAUCUUACCAGUAACAAACUGACCACCAUUCCUCAGGAGCUGAGACUUUUAACAAACCUGACCCAGCUUCACUUGGCACGGAAUCAAAUCUCAGAAUUACCAGAGAGUUUAUACAAAUUAAGAAAAUUAAGAAUUCUAGAUGUGGCUGGGAAUCUGCUCAAAGUUUUUCCAGUUAAUUUUAAUGAACUGAUGCUUGAAGAGUUAUAUUGUGAAGACAAUCCUUUCCUUCAAAAAGAACCUGUUGAAUCAAUCCAACAAGAGGAAGUCCUAUCUCUUAAGGAGAUUGCUGCAAGGUUUGUUAUGAAGGAACUGAGAAACCGGCAGUCCUGCAUUCGAGAUUUAAUUGCACAGUACCCACUGGUGAAAUCUUUGCUUUCGCAAGGAGGUCGAUGUGCUCUGUGUGGUCAAGGAUUUCUGAACAUUUGGCUUGAAUGUGUAAAGUUUGAAAAUCUGAAAAAGAAUUUUGUGGCUCUUAGUCGUAACCACGUCAUACCUGUCAGAGUGCUUCUUUGCUCUUAUAACUGCUUUAACCAGCAGGGCCAUGGCUAUUACGGAGUUGCAUUACUAUAGAAAGAAAAUGCAUUCGGUGUCUGGCAUUUAUGUGACGCAGCUUGCUGACCAUCGGACAAGAGAUGUUUAAUGCACACUAAAAGGCCCUGGGGUGUUCACAUGAGCCUUAUUUUAUGAAACAGUUCAGGAUGUUUAAAGAGUUUGUAGUCUAGUCGUUAGUCUUGUUCCAGUCCAAAGCUGAUAGUUCCCAUGAAACAUUGUAAAGAUGUGCUGCAUCAAAAGUGAUGGGAGAGUAUUUUAAAUGAAUCAGGUAGGGUGGAGGAGAGAUGCAGCUAAACAUAAUCUGUACACAAAAAGGAAUGAUGCUGAUUGUCUGCCAUUUAUGCUUCUAAGGUACUGCAGCAGCCAACGCAAAAUGAGUCUCUUUUUGUAAUUCUUAAAGUAUUUUUUAUGUUAAAGAUAGAAUGUUUUCUUUAUUAAUAUUGUAAAAAUGCUCAGUAUCAGCCAUUUACUUUUAUGUUUGCAUUAGCUAUUUAGAUACUCAAAUACAAAGAAUGGAUGAUAUAUUAUAUAGUCAAGAAUUUUUAAACAAAUAUGUUAAUUUAUUGGCACUGGUGUUUUACAGUUAAAUAGAAAAGUUAAAAAAAAAUAUAUAGACAAUUUUUUCCAAGAUAUACAUAACUUGCAUUCUGAUCCUGAGCUUUUUAAUUCAGAAAUGUGUGAACUCAUUCACAGGUAAUACGUGUUUAUUGAUUCAAAGUUUUGUUCUCGCUUGUGACAAAUCUGUGCUUCGGAUCUCUUGUUUUUAUUUCCUGUGUAUUCUGUAAUUCUCAGGCAUCAAGGCACUGUAUUAGCGGUACACAGUGUUUAAAUUUGUCACACUUGCUAAGUUACUGGAAGAAGAUGUACUACACAGUCACAGGAUAUUACUUCAGACCCUUCGAAGGCCAUGUAAUAACACACUACAGUAUGAAAAGGGUGAUUGCUGGUACAGUAUUGAUACAGACAUAUUAAUUACAGUUCAGUUCAAUGAAAUUUUAUUACUGGUAGUGCACAUCUGGUUGUUGGCAUUAAUAAAUCGCGUGACUAAAGUUCAAUUAUACAGCAGCGUUGUGGUGUCAGUUCCUACACAUGGGGAUUGAGAAAGGGUAUAGCCCAAAGUCUCAAUGUAUUCCAUUAAA